AUGGCCGCUGCCAAGAAAAACAGCGAGAAGAAUCUGUUGGACCGCAUUCGCGCCUUCCAGCGGAGUGACAAAACCAACAAAAGAUGCGCUGACUGCACAGAGGUCGGGCCAACUUACGUAUGUCUUUCCUUCGGCACCUUCGUUUGCACCACUUGUGGCGGGCUUCAUCGCGAGUUUAGCCACAAGGUGAAGGGCAUCUCCGUGUCCAAAUGGACGUUGGAAGAAGUGGAGGACAUUGAACGUGGAGGAAAUGCCAAAGCUGCGGAUAAGUUCCUCGCUUGCUGGGACCCACGCGACUUCCCAGAGCCGGACAGCAGCGAUCAAAGCAAGUGCCGGGACUUCAUCAAGAUGAAGUACAUAGAGAAGCGGUGGGUCUCCAGAAACGGAGAUCGUUCUGACAGAGAUCGCUUCGAGCCAGCUCGGGACCGGGACAGUGCUCGAAGAACGGACGCAGGUCGCAGAGAUGACGACUUCCCCCACGAUCGUAGUGCAAGGGACAGGGAGGCAGAUGGCAGAGACAGAGGAGACAGAGGUGGGGGUGGCGAGCACCUUCAUUCAGAAUCACGAGCUGAUCGCGAACGCAAUCGCGAACAUGGUCGAAGAUCCCAGGACAACUACGAUUCACGAGACACGGACUAUGAUCCUCGAGAUCGAGGACAUGGAUCAGGUAGAGAUCGUGACCGAGAUUGGGAACCAAACCAUAAGGAUUUUGACAGGGACCGGCAGAGGAACAAGGAGUUCGACCGUCAUGAUGGUUACAAGGAUCGCGACAGAGAUCGUGAUUGGGAUCGAGAAAGGGACCGAGAUAGGGACGCAGGCAGAGACCGUGACAGAGAUCGUGAGAGGGAACGUGACAGGGAACGUGACAGGGACCGUGACAGGGACCGUGAUAGGUACAAAGAGGAUGGCCGGUACAAGGACUGGAGCGACGAUCGUGCUAAUGUACGGGAUGACCGGAAUUUCGACCGCCGGGACCGCUACGACCGGGACGACCGGCGCGAUCGACACGAUCGACACGAUGAUCGCCAUGAUGACCGGUACGAUGAUCGCCGCGAUCGUGACCGACGGUCAGAUAGGUCAGACGACAGAGAUAUGAGAGAUGGAGACAGGGGGGACCGCAGAGGAAGUCGUGAUCGGCAUGACGAUAGCACUGAUGACCGUCGUCAAAAUUCUGGGCGCGAACCCCCUCGGAGGACCGAGAACGAUUUCUUUCCAGAUGGACUGCAGGCACCCUCCAGCGCUCAACACGGCGGACCGGCAGAACAAGCAGGCGCAGACUGGAGCGAUUUUUCAGGUGCAGGAAAUGGCAGUGGUGCGAAUGGUGCACAAGCUCCAGCAGCUGCACCAGCUCCACCAGCUUCUGGCUUGCUGGACCUCGACCUGGACUUCACGCAGGCGACGACAAGUGCUCCUCCAGCUCCACAGGCUGCUGCUCCUUGUAGCCAACCGACGCCGGAAGUGCCUGCGGUGGCAAGCACCGCGCGCUAUUCUGCUUUUGAUGAUCUUUGUGAUCCUCCUGGCCCUGCCCCGGUCCAGGGUGGCCACGCCAUGCCAGCGCCCAUGCCUUCGAUGAUGGGCUUGCAGCCUGGUGCCACUGGCCCACCAAUGCAAAUGCCGCAGAUGCCCAUGCUGACUCCACAGCAAAUGCAGCAGAUGAGCACUGAACAGUUAAUGCAGUGGCAGAUGACGAUGCAGAGUCAGAUGCAGAUGAUGAUGCAGAUCAUGCAGAGCAAGCAGAGCAAUCCGGGCCAUGCGGCUCAUGCACCGAUGCCCGGGCCUUGCCAAGUUGCGGGCCCACCAGCUGCACAGUUCAAUGCUGCUAGCUGCGGCGGAGGAGGCCAUGCCAAUCCAGUUCCCGCACAGGCCAAUGCCUCUCCAGCUGCCGAAUCUGGAAAUCCCUUCGACCUUUUCUGA